AUGGAGCAUUCGUCGCCUCUAGCUGCAAUGCAGCCUCCCUCAGUGAUGUUUGGUCAUUGCUUUGCAAACGAGGGCUCCAAAUUUCGGUCUCUAGGAGGAAUUGGCGGAUUUGGGCCCAGCAGCUUCAAUUUCAAGGACUUGUCCAUGAAGAAGGCUCCUACUUCGGACUAUUUCAAUGUCAAACAGUUCACAGGUCCUUCGCCGGCCGCCAGUUUAGCUGCUGAUUUGUCUCAGAAUUUCCAUAUCGACCAGAGCCCACAACUAGCCACCCCUCGUCGAUCUUUGUUUUCGGCAAACAUAUUCGGUGGAAAUGGAGGACGCGAUGAAAUGAUGACUACACCCCCAUUACCGGAAUCUUCUCCUAUGACCGAUAUCAUGGAGACAUCGCCUCUUCCUCAUAAACUUCCGUACAAUCUUCCAACAACAGACCUGGUUCUUCAAUCACCAACUCCUGAUUCGGAAUCAACUGUUAGCACUAGCACAGGGGUCUCCUUGCAGGCUUCACCGAUGGAAGAUGAUCAGCCUGCUGUUCCUCAAGAACGUAGGCGCCCACCACUCCUACGCCCAUCUUUCCUUCGCACUAAGGCCUAUUCCACACAAACCGCAGUCAAAAAAGUAUCACCCGAAAGCCAAUGCCCUCCCUUUCAGUUCGGUAACGGAAGUAGUGGCCUGUCGAACUCAAUGUCUCUAGCGGACAUGUUCAAUGAGUCGUCGCCGCCACAGGAACGGGUCGCGGGAAAAGGUUCAUCUGCGAAUUUGCUUGGUCCUCGCUUAAGACAACCUCUAUAUGGUCGUAAUAGUGGUUCUGCAUCGCCAGUGCCCAGUGCAGUCCGUAAGAACGCUAGUGGAAACCCCUUUAUGCGUCCGCGCAAGCAAUGCAGGAGAUCUCUUAGUAUGUUUGAACACCCAGAGGACAUUGUUCGCCAGAAACAGCCGAAUGUGGUCCCUGAGCCUACACUAGCAUCAAUUAUGGAUGAAGAGCCUGCUCAUACUCUUCAACUUCCACAUUUUGUACCUGCGGACCAGCCUGAUAGUCUUCCUCGCAUUGAAAAGGGUGUAUUGGUUGACAUCUUGGAUGGCAAAUACAGCGACCGUUAUGACAACCUCAUGAUUAUCGAUUGUCGAUUUGAAUAUGAGUACGAAGGCGGGCACAUCACUGGAGCGGUCAAUUUCAAUGACAAGGAGGUUCUGGCCGGCCGGCUCUUUGAAGACCCCAAACCGGGAACAACUCUUAUUUUCCACUGCGAAUACUCUGCCCAUCGGGCUCCGAUUAUGGCAUCGUUUAUCCGCCACAAAGACCGAGCUUAUAACAUUGAACGUUACCCCAACUUGACUUUUCCUGAAAUGUACAUUCUGGACGGAGGAUACAGUGCAUUUUUUGCGCAGCACCGCGAUCUCUGCCAUCCCCAGAACUAUGUGGAAAUGACAUCCAAGGAACACGAAUUUGCUUGCGAACGAGGGCUUGGAAGAGUCAAACAACGAUCAAAGUUUAUCCGCGCUCAGACAUUUGCUUUUGGACAACAGUCUCCUCAGAUGGAAGACAGCCCGACAGGACGCUGCCGAAGCAGCAACAACGAUCGAGUUCGAGGCCUGGAUUCGCCUUUUGAAGCGCCUGACGCUGGUCGUAUGCCUGGUCGUCGUAUGCUUUCAUACUAG